AGCGACUGCCCGGCAGUCUGGCGUCCGCUAUCGAAAUCCGACGACGAGCUGCCGCAGCCCACCGACACUCGCACUCUGCCCACACGCGUCGACAUCUCCGGGACAUUAUUUAUUAUUUCGCUGAACGUAAUAUUACAAUUACCUAUUCGUCGUUAAUAAUUACUAUUAUCCUCGUGUACUCGCCCCAGACGUCCUGCCGUUUUCCGAUAUCCUCUGGACGUCCCGGCGUACCGUAUACGUCGACCGUACAUAUAGUGUGCUCGAGGUCAUGUCCGCGGUCUGCCGUCUGCUGCACGUGUACGGCAGCGGCGGUGACGAUACGGUCAUCCGGCACAUUAUUCUGCGCCACCAGCACUGCACCAACUGCAGCCGGCAGAACGUCGCCGGCGACCGCGGCGGCUCGUAGGAAUCGACGCGACCCUCACCGAGGAUGGUGACGGCCCGAUGUACCCGCGGUCUCACCGCCGGGACCACAGCCGCUACCGACUGCAGUGACUUUGGCCACUCCGUGAACGACAAACGGACAUCGCCAACGGCCUCAACCAGUAACACUUUUUGUCACUGCUUGGCCUGUUGUUACGCCACCACAACCGUUACCACCACCAGAAGAAACAGCGGCAAGACAGCCGUGGACACAAGCGAAUCUUCUGACAGCGAGCCGCCGUCUGAGGCCGCUGCGUUUGUCGCCUCCGCUUCCGCUGCGGCGUUCGUUUUGUUGGCCGCUCUGUUGGCCGUAGUGCUGUCUUCAGCCGCACUCUUGACCGUCGCGUCCAUGGUGCCGAUGGCCGACGCUGCCGUGCGCGACAUCCGCCGACCACAAGCCGCCGAUUACAUCAACCUGUGGCACCAUCAACAGCUACAGAAACAGCAGCAGCAGGUGGGUGGUCAGCGGAUAUACGACAACGGCGGCGGUAAUCUCGACGACUCAUCAAGGCAGAAAAGGCAACUGUUUAACAAGAACACAAACCGUGAACCCGGAGUUGUGGCUUUGACAUUUUCGCUGAUCGGUGGAACUUUUUCGGACGCCCGUCAAGCAUUCCGAAACGUCUCGAGCAUCGUGCGUGACACAAUUAGCGAGGCGGCCAAAGAUCCUGCGGCCACCACUGCCGCCGCGGACCAGAUGAUGAUGGCCGCCGUCAAUACCGCUGACAACGAGGUCGGCGGCGGAGCGGCGUCCACCACGGCGGCCACGGACCAAAGGAUGGCCGGCCAAGCGCUGGGCAAGCUGUUUGGUCGCAACUACCGCGGCCUGCGCCGUCUGUUUGACUCCGAGCUCCGGUCCGCCAUCAAGAACUCACCGGGCAACGUCCGUGAUUUCGCCGUCGAGUUGAUGGGCUCCAUCGGUCAGAGCCUCAGGCCAUCCAAUCUGUUUUCCAGGGGACUGACAAACGGCACCACGACCACGGCUAGACGGCGAUGAUGAUGCAUAACGCGGUCGUCGAAGGAGGCAAGGUCAAAGUAGUCAAAAUCGGCUGCAACGGAAUCACUACAGUGUCUGUGGUCCACGGCACGUCGCAAAGACAUGAUAAUAGUAUUCUACGAUAAAUCAUAAUAAUAUUAUGCAGCCAUGUAUCCAUCAAUCUUAAACCAUAUUAUUGGGCAACCGAUCGAAUAUAAUUAGGUACAUAUUAUUUAUUGCAAUAUGUAUAUUAUAUGAAUCGAUUUAUUAUUUAUCAUCAGUUAUAGUCAUCAUUAGUAAAUAAUAGUAAUUAGUGGCGUAUUAAUAGCUUGUAUAAUUUAUUAGAGUACAACGGGAACAUAGGUAAGUUUUUUUCUUUUUCUGUAAACGCACUGGUCAUAGGAAUUGGAGUGAGUACAUUAUAUGCAUGAUGUAAUAUAUUUGUAUUGCUCUGAUCCGCCAUAAUAAUCUUAGGAAGUAUGCUGUGCGUACAUUAUCAACAAAUGUAUAUAUUUUUUUAGUAUUAUUUGUACCAUUAUUGAUUAUUAUAUUGUAUUGUUUCGCUUAAGACUCGACGUGCUAUACUUAUUAAAAGAUUAAAAUAAUUGUAUAUGUGUAUUAAUAUUAUUUCAUUUUUUUUGCAAUGUAGUCAUGUUGCACGUGAUAUUAUUGUACAAUGCGCGUUGGUUAGUUAUUUAUUCGAAAUAUAUUGUUUUCAUACGAUUA